UUCAAGAAAGAAAAGGGGCAAAAAGAGUAACUACUUUUUCCCGCGUAUUCUCAAAACAGAAAUAUUCUGCUAGAAACCGAAACUGUUUCAACACACCACCACCAUGUCCAUGAGAGGCUACACCGCCGCGUGUUCUCUCAUCGUCGCCCUAGCACUGCUUCUUGCCGUCAAUGCCGACAACCCCUACAGAUACUACACUUGGAAAAUCACCUACGGCGACAUUUAUCCUAUCGGCGUCAAACAACAGGGAAUUCUGAUUAAUGGGCAGUUUCCGGGGCCGACCAUCGAUUGCAUCACCAAUGACAACUUGAUCAUCAGUGUUUACAACUACUUGAAUGAGCCCUUUCUCCUUUCAUGGAAUGGAUUGCAGCAAAGAAGGAAUUCCUGGCAGGAUGGAGUAUCUGGUACAAACUGUCCGAUCCUGCCCCGUAGAAACUUCACUUAUGCCCUCCAAGCAAAAGAUCAGAUUGGGACUUACUUCUACUUCCCAUCACUUGGAAUCCAUAAGGCUGCUGGAGGAUAUGGGAGCAUCAAAAUCUACAGUCGUCCUCGAAUUCCUGUACCAUUCCCCCCACCUGCUGGGGAUCACGUUGUACUUGCUGGGGAUUGGUACAAGAGAAGUCAGAGACAACUGAGAUAUUUUGUGAAUGGUGGUCACACUCUCCCCUUCCCCGAUGGCAUCAUUAUCAACGGUCGUGGUUGGAAUGGAUAUACAUUCACUGUUGAACAAGGUAAAACAUACAGAUUCAGGAUAUCGAAUGUUGGGACUGCUACAUCCCUCAACUUCAGGAUUCAAGGGCACUUGAUGAAGCUGGUGGAAGUAGAAGGAUCUCACACAGUCCAGAAUACUUACUCCUCUCUGGAUGUCCAUCUAGGCCAGUCUUACUCAGUCUUGGUCACAGCAAACCAGCUACCAAAGGACUACUACGUUGUGGUCUCAACUCGUUUCACCUCCAAAGUUCUCACCAACGCCGCUAUCCUCCAUUACCGUAACUCAGUCACAAAAGUUUAUGGUCGUCCCCCUGGUGGACCCACCACUGAGAUUGAGUGGUCUCUGAACCAGGCAAGAUCCAUACGUCGGAACUUGACAGCAAGCGGGCCUCGACCCAAUCCACAGGGAUCGUACCACUACGGGCAGGUGAAACCGGUUAGGACCAUCAUGCUUGCCAACUCUGCUGUGUAUAUCAAUGGAAAGCAACGAUAUGCAGUGAAUGGAGUGUCGUAUACCCCCCCUGACACCCCUUUGAAGCUGGCGGACUACUUCAACAUUGGAGGUGUGUAUAGCAUUGGAAGCAUCUCCGAAAGACCUAAUUGGGGAAAUGCGUAUCUUGCUACCUCUGUCAUCCAAGCUAACUUCCGGGAUUACGUAGAGAUUGUGUUUCAGAACUGGGAAAAAACUGUGCAGUCAUGGCACAUGGAUGGAUAUUCAUUCUUUGUUGUUGGAAUGGACGGAGGGCAGUGGACUGAAGCAAGCAGAUCACGCUACAACUUGAGAGACACCAUUGCCCGCUGCACCACUCAAGUGUAUCCAAGAUCUUGGACUGCUGUUUAUGUAGCUUUGGACAAUGUGGGAAUGUGGAACAUAAGAUCUGAGGACUUGGCGAGGCAGUAUUUGGGGCAGCAGUUGUACCUUAAGGUUUACACCCCAUCAAAAUCUUAUAGAGAUGAGCUCCCUAUUCCGAAAAACGCUAUUCUUUGUGGGCGAGCGAGAGGGCAUCACACCAGACCUUUGUAGAAGACUGCAUUCAUCGUCACGAGAGGGUGACUGAGCUUACCGUAGGCGAAGCGAAGCAGCUCAACUUGAGCUCUCAGUUUUUACAUUUUGAUUCUUGAAUGUUGUACCACAUUGAUUCCAACUGAAUGGAAAUUACCACAUUAUGCAGUAAGAAUUUAAGUAAUUGAUGAGGAAGAGUU